GUUUCGAUGGAAUCCGAGGAUGAAAGUGGGGUAAAGCCCAUGAAGAAUGUUGCUGGGGUCUGCCAGAUUUGUGGCGACAAUAUUGGCAAGACUGUGAGUGGUGAUCCAUUUGUUGCCUGUGAUGUUUGUGGACUUCCGGUGUGUAGACUAUGCUACGAGUAUGAGAGGAAUCACGGGACUAAGGCUUGCCCUCAAUGCAAAACUAGAUACAAGAGACACAGAGGUAGUCCUGCCAAUGCUGGUGACAGAGAUGAGUACGCCGACGACGCUGAUGAAAGUGCUAGUGACAUCAACUACUCUUCUGAAAAGCAGAACCAGAAACAGAAGAUGUCAGAGCACAUGCUGAGCUGGCGCAUUGGACGGGGAGAGGAUGCCGGGUCACCGAGUUAUGAUAAAGAAGCUCUUGCCACCCGUGUUCCUCUGUUAACCCGUGGGCAGGAGGUGUCUGGUGAAUUUUCUGCUGCAUCACCUGAGCAUGCGUCUAUGGCAUCUCCUGGUCAUGGUAAUGGAAAGCACAUCCAUACUCUGUCUUAUGCAGCAGAUGCCGAUCAAUCACCUAAUAUCAGGAGUGCUGAGCAGUCCAGGGAGUUCCCUUCCCGAGGAUUGGGAAACGUAGCAUGGAAAGAGCGAGUUGAUGGCUGGAAGAUGAAGCAGGAAAAGACUGUUGUUCCUAUGAGCAGUAGCCAAGCUCCUUUAGAAAGAGGUGUUGGAGAUAUCGAUGCUAGCACGGAUAUUAUGGUGGAUGAGUCUCUGCUGUAAGUUCUGGUGAAUCAUGCCUUAUCUACUGUUUAUUAUGG